CUAUCGAUAUCUUCCACCUGACACGGCGUCUCCUCUCUCGUCGCUCGCUUUAAAUUAGAUAAGUGUAAGGAAAUCCAGCGGCCCUCGAGAAAAUGAACCGAAUUUGCCAGAGCCUGUUGCGUCAGAGCUACGCAGGAGCCGCUAACCAUUUGCGGCCGGCAGCAGGAGCCACUGCAUCUAUGCCAUUGUCGGCGUUGCGGUUUUAUUCCGCAGAUGCGGCUGCUCCGCCGGCUGCCGUGGACAAGGCAACGCUGGACAAGCUGGUCCGCACCAACAAGGUGGUCAUCUUCAUGAAGGGCAAUCCCCAGCAGCCAAGAUGCGGCUUCAGCAACGCUGUGGUUCAGAUCCUCCGCAUGCACGGCGUUCAGUACGAUGCCCACGAUGUUCUCCAAAACGAGGCGCUCCGUCAAGGCGUUAAGGAGUACACAGACUGGCCAACCAUUCCCCAGGUAUUCAUUGAUGGCGAAUUCGUUGGCGGUUGCGACAUUUUACUCCAAAUGCACCAAAGCGGCGAUCUUAUCGAGGAACUCAAGAAAGUAGGCAUCGUAUCUGAGCUGCUGAAGGCGGAGGAAUCCAAACAGGCGGCGGGGUCUAAGGAGGAGGCCAAAUAGUGUCCUAGCAGAGCACCAAAAGAUCAAAGACCUAAAUACUUCUAUGUGUUAGCCACGCAACGUUUUUAUUAUUAAAUGUUUAACUCUUAACGAAAACCAAA